CCGGCCAGAAACACUGAUUUUUAUCAGUAAUGAUUCCACACCCUUUUAGGAUAUUACUAACAUUUAAAAGAAAAUAUAUCCAACUUUUGAAAUUCGUGCUCCACUCCAGCAACUGCUUUCAAUCGGAGUUCCAUCCUCCGCCGCAGUAUUCCCUAACGCAGCGUUAUCUUCAGAGCUACCACCUGCUUCCGAAACUUUUCGGAGGAGUGCUUGGCCAACACCUGCCCGGCGGAGCGGCCCGUAAGCGAACCUCGAACGCCAGCCUCUGCGCCUGCGUGCCGCGGCUCCAUUUGGUUCCGCUUCGCUGGCGCCCGCCUUGCUCUUCCCCUGCCCUAGGCCUGUGGUUUGUGGAGUCGAAUUUCCGUGCCGCCAGUGCCCGGUUAGCAGGGGCGCCAGCCGCUGGGCGCCUGCGCGGACGGUGGGCGUCAUCACCAUGGCAGCAUCCGCUGGAGGCCCAGGAUCUUGGAGUGAAAAUAUACUGGAGUAUUUUCUGAGAAAUAGCCAGAUUACAGCAGAAGAUGGCGCUGAGAUCACCUGGUAUCAUGCAGCUAACCACAAGGCACAAAUGAAUGAGGCACUGAAAAGUACUGCUCACAUGAUAGAGGCUGAUGUCCUUCUUCCAAGUGAUGGAUCAGAACACAGCCAGCCAAUUAUGGCCCAUCCCCCUGAAACAAACAGUGAUAAUACUCUACAGGAGUGGCUGACUGAAGUUACGAAAAGCAAUAAAGGCAUCAAGCUGGAUUUCAAAAGUCUGGCAGCUGUAGAACCAUCCAUGAUGCUCUUGGAAAAUGUGAAGAGACAUCUGAAGCGCCCUGUAUGGAUUAAUGCCGAUAUUCUUCCUGGUCCAAAUGGAAAUAGCAAAGUAAUAGAUGCAAAACCAUUUUUAGACACCGUGACAUUCUUCUUUCCAGACGUGACGUUUUCCCUGGGUUGGACAACAGGAUGGCAUCCUGAGAAAGUCAAUGAAGGGUACAGUUGGACAAUGGUGAAAGAGAUGGAAUAUAUAUGUAAUGAACUAAGUCAGCCUGUAACGUUCCCUGUCAGAGCAGCAUUAGUCAGGCAGUCUUGUUCUCAGUUACUUUGGCUGUUAAAGCAAUCAAGCAGCCUCGUUAUCCGUAAGUACUCCAGAGGAUACUGCCCCGAAGGACAGCUUCUGUGUUACCAUCAUGCAGCCUCCCAGUCAGGAAGUCAGCAUUGGUACAACAGUACCAUCCAGUCCACAGACCCCAUUCAGAUUCUGCCAACCAUUGCAACAAUACCUCUUUUCCUCUUCUGAUCCGGAAAACCCUCCAAGAACAUGCAUUGAAUUUAGUUAUCACAUCUCCUCAGCCUACUUCACUCUGUAAUAGUUCCUGUUUCCUUCUCUGUCAUAUACUUAACAAUGUUAAAGAUCAUGGAGAUUUGAAAGGAGAGGAGAUUGUGAUAGAGCAGUAACACCAAGGUGCUUCCUCAACUGCUGGUCAUGUUCUAUUUGUUUUAUUGCACUGGAGUUCACUUUAUAAUAAUCUGAUAAAAUUUAUAUUUAUGUUUUAUGUACUUUUUUCUAUGUGUGUUAUUUCACAAUAAAGAAGGUUAAAAAUGAAGUUUGAGAAUUAAUAUCAAUGAAUACAAUUUAAGAUACCCUCAGGCAAUGUUUUUUCCAUUUCAGUCUAAAUAGAAUUAAGUGAAUAUUAAAAGAGGCAAAAUAAUACUGGGAAGCUCUUCUUUUUACCUAAAUGAUCAUAACCAUGUCUUUUCAUAAGAUUUGUCACCGUGGUGCCCAGAUAAAGUAAUAAAGAUUCCAUUUUAGCAAAAAAUGUAGGUUUCAGAACUAAUUUUCAUUUUUCAUUUUCUGUGUCCCUGAGCUAUAGUUUAAAAUUCUUUUUGGUUUGUAAUAUGAUACUGCUGUGGGGCAAUAUCCAAAUUGCUUUCCCCAGUUGUAUUUCCAGAAUGGUGUCACCAUCCUAUAAGGGCAGGAAUAUGUCAAUAUGACAAGAAAAUAUGCCUUGGUUAGGCAGUUCUUCCUUAUCAUUAGCAGAAAAAAUGCUUUGGAAAUUUUUGCCUGGAUUCUGACAAGCUUACAGGGAAUAUAAAUGUGAAACUGCUUAACAGCUUUGCAUUUCCCUAGACUUGAAUGCAACAGUAGUAGUGUCACCAGAAGAAAUGAAAGUAUACAGUUUAAGUAACAUUAACAUUCUGAGCAUAUUCUUACAUCCAUAAUGAAUUUACAUAGGUUGUUGGUUUUCAGCUCAUCAGAUAAAGAUCUAAAUGUAUUCUAUUUGUCAUUCUUAGUGGUAUCUCUUGGCAUUCUUGUAUCUCAUACAAAAACCUCCAAAAGAAACAGCAGGGCCUCCAUACAUGACUCUAAGUGUUGUAGAUAUCAGUGACAUUUGUGUCUCUUCACAAUCCCUUCCCAUUGUGCUUUUCACUCUGACGAGGCUCCUGAACAAACCCAGGUUACAGAUUCCUCCAUCAGCAACACAAUCUCUUCUAUUCCUUUUUCCAAAAUUAGACCCAUUUCCCAUGCCACCCGUCUGGUUUCUUAGUCCAUUUAACAACUUGCAAUUCAGAUAGCGCAGUUAUGUCAUUUAGACAACAGCAGUAUGAAUGUUUUUUGUCUCUAGUCCCUCUUGAUGAAAGAAUGGAAUAUGAAAGUACAGUUACACCGUUGCUGAUUAAUUUUUUCGUCUGAGUGAAUUUGAGUUAGAGAUAAAGUAUUUUUAGGCUUAUUGGAAUGAGUCAUCACUUUCUUCCACUUUU